AAAUGGAGGUUUCUAGCCGUAGCUAUGUAGGCGUGAAGGAUAUAAAUACAAUGAUGCAGAAGCAGAGAUGAACGCAAGGGAGAAGGCGAAGCCAACAAAGCAACAUUUAAGGGGUUGCUUAGCUUUCUCUGAGGUGUUGCAGAGAGAGGGAUCCGUACAAAUAGGGAAAGAUACAGCGUAGGAAAAUGGAGAAGGAGAUGAGGGCAAUAAUGGUGGUGUUGAUAACUGUGUGGUGUGGAAUUGUGUGGGAAAGAGGGGAAGCGUUGAUAAAGCUGCCAGGAAAUGAGACAGUGCCAGGUCUCAUUAUAUUUGGGGACUCAAUUAUGGACACAGGCAGUAACAAUGACCUAAGAACCCCUGCCAAGUGUAAUUUUCUUCCUUAUGGCAGAAACUUCGACGGUGGCAGACCUACCGGAAGAUUCUCUAAUGGCAGAGUCCCUUCUGACUUCAUAGUUCAAGAACUGGGCAUUAAGGAAUUUGUACCUUCCUAUAAAGACUCCAAUUUGCACCCCAAUGAUCUCUUGACUGGUGUCAACUUUGCUUCUGGUGGUUCAGGCUACGAUCCUUUGACCCCAAAUAUUGUGUCGGUGAUACCAUUAUCAGAUCAAUUGCAACAAUUCAAAGAAUACAUAGGGAAGCUGAAACAAAAUUUUGGAGAAGAGAAAGCAAAUUUCGUAUUAUCAAAAAGUCUGAUCCUUGUGGUAGCAAGCAGCAACGACAUUGCCAACUCUUACUUUGCGACCGGACUUAGGCGAAUGCAAUAUGAUAUUCCCUCUUACACUGAUCUCUUGCUGCACCAUGCCUCUACCUUUGUCCAGGAAUUGUACGGAUUAGGAGCCAGGAGAAUCGGAGUGUUCAGUGCACCCCCGCUGGGAUGCAUGCCUUCACAGAGAACAAUGUUUGGAGGAAUAGGGAGAGACUGCUCGCCAGACACAAACAUGGCCUCACAUUUGUUCAAUCUAAAACUAUCUGCGGAACUGAACUCAUUAAAUCACAAUCUGCCACAAGCCAAGUUCGUGUAUAUUGAUGUUUACCAACCUCUGCUUCAUAUUAUCCAGAACCCAGGCAAAUAUGGGUUUGAGGUGGUUGAUAGAGGAUGCUGUGGGACAGGGACUAUGGAGGUGUCCAUAUUGUGUAAUCGGCUUCUUCCUCAGACUUGUGCCGACGAGUCCAAGUAUGUGUUUUGGGAUAGCUACCAUCCCACUGAAAGAACAUACCAAAUUCUUGUGGACUUAGUUCUCAACAAAUACAUUUCCCACUUCAUCUGAUAAACCUCACUGCUAUAUAUCAUGUACGAUCC